AUGUCUGCAAUGAAUUAUCCAGAUUUCUUGAAUUCCAGCAAUCAGAACGGAGGCUCGCCAGCAAUGUCGAAGGGUAAUGACCCUCGAUCACAAGAUACGCGCGAGAGCAAACAGCAAGAUUUGUACCCGUCAGGCAAUAAUUAUAUCCUGAAUGUUGCAACCAACAAGGACUAUCCACCUCAGCAACAACAACAACAACAACAACAAUUCAACAACCUUUUAUUAAAAAAAUUAUCAGCAUUAGAUGAUGCUCUGCCGUUGGAUGUGUCCAGUUUUUAUACUAACGCCUCCCUAAACAAAGACUCGUUCAAUUUGCCAGCUGAGUUACAAGGCGGUGUGUCGAAUAUCUCGUCUCGUAGACCAAGUUACGCCGCUGAAUCCUUUACUAGAAAUAAUUUUUAUCAUCAACCAAGCUUGAAUCCACAAUCUCCUCAACUAGGAGCUCAAUCAUCGAACUUUUUCAACAAUAGAAAAGACUUGUCUUCGAUAGCUAUGUUCAAUAAUUAUGCUAAUAAUCACUACCAACACAAUGGGGACGGGAACUUUGAUAUAAAUGACUCGUUUUCCAACUUGAAUUUAAAUGCUAAAUUUAACGAUUUCCAAUCCAGGAGGCCCAGUCAGUUAGUGGAUUUUUCAUUCAGCCCCUUUGGUGAUACUAGACAACAACAACAACAACAGCAACAGCAAUCACAAUCGCAAUCGCAAUCGCAAUCGCAAUCACACGUACCAAAUCAAAACCUACAACAACUGCAACCACAUUUGACAAAUGCGGGCAAUAGUGCACCUUUUAUUGCCUAUCAGAACAAACAAAGUAUGAAUAGUGCGCAAAAUCAAUCCAUGGGUCAGGGAAAUCCUAUCAAAUUGGAAAACGGAUUAAUGUUACGAGAUCAAUACAUUGUGGCUUCUCCUGAAUUGAAAAGUUUGUAUAUGAAAACCAUCAAGUAUUUCCAAGAUCAGAGCAUCACUGCUGACAUUUUAUCUAAAUUGAAUAACUUGUUAACUAAUCCAGUUAUAAUAAAGUUGAUUACAUUUAUUAAGAAUUUGAAUAACCUCACAUUUAACCAUAAAAUCCUUUGUCUUGUUAUCAACAAAAACGGAAAGUUUGAUUUAUUGUCUUACCCUCAUAAUUCUAAUAUAUUUUUACAAAAGAAUGAUUUGGUUAUUGUCGAUGGUGAUCGUGGAAAGGAUUUGGUUAUGAUUGUUGAACCGUUAGUGAAUUUGAAUUUUGCAAUCUUAUUCAACUUUUUAAAGAAAUUGGAGCAUUUGAAGAGUUUGACAAUUAUUGAGGGACACGUUACCAAAACUAACGGUGGAACUCAUCCAACCACUAUGGAUGCAUCAACAAUAAUUAACUCACACCUGAACGAGGACAAUGAAUUCAUUAUAACUUUACCUACAAAACAAGUACUUCGUUUUGCGACACCUAAAGAAGUUCAUAAAAUUAGCGGGAAGUUUCUUGAGGAAAAGAAGGCAUUUAUCACUUGCUACAACAAAAUCAAAGAGCUUAAUCUUGAUUCUGAUUUAUCACUUAUAAAUGUCGAGUACCAAUGUGAUUUUAAAAAGUUGAUAUUUUACUAUUUUGCCGGAUUCAAACGUAUUGACUUCCGAGGUUUGAUCAAAGAAUUGUUUAAAAUUUAUAAAACAAGAAUUUGGUUAUGUGCUGUCUUGCCCUAUAACAAACCAGAAUUGUACAUCACAAUGGAUAAGGAGGAUUCUGAACCGAAGGUUGUACAAGUGAAUAAUAAUUUAGUUCCUAGAGAGUAUGAGUUGACGAAUGAUCAAAUUUUGAAUUUUUCUAUCAACGAAUUUGACAAUUUAGCCACCCCAAGCUAUUUCCAUCUGAAAAAUGUUCAAAAUUUGAUAAAGCAUAUGACUAAUGAAAUUAAGGGUCAUUUCUACGGUUUCAAUACAGGGAAAAUUGAAGGUAAUUAUCAACCCGUGAAAACAGUUGAUUUAUCAGAUCGUAGCAGAAUUUUACCAAACUUUAACCCAUUUGGAGAUUUUCAAUAA